GCUCGGACGGCGCUCAGUGCGGGAAAAUCGGGCGGCGUGAAGGACGGAAAGCACGAUGAUCGCGAUGGAAUAACUUCCGACAGCAUGAAGUUAGUGACUUACGCGCUUCUCCUUCUGGAGUUCUCCUCUGCCAUUGUGACGAUGGAUGAUGCGAUCUGCACAAAUGAUGUUGUAGCUAAUAACAGUGCCGACGAAUACAAGUAUCUCUACAACUAUCUUACUGGGACCGGGGCGCACAACUUCAGCGAAUCCGUGACCAUAGGUUUCCUGGGCGCUUACGGCCAGACCCAGGUCGUCCUCGGAGCGCUCCCUUUGGCAAUAGAAGCCGUCAACAAUGACACGAAUUUAUUGCCCGGACGGAGACUCAUCUAUAUGGCGGCGGAUAUAGGGACGAAUCCUGUUAGCUCAGGGCUUGCACGCGGGAAGUCCAGCCACGCUGCGAGGGCCAUCCGCAUCAUGACACAAAUGAGGGACAAUGGUACCAUAGCUUUCAUAGGUCCAGAUGAUACCUGUUCUUCGGAGGCUCUAGUUGCGGCUGCCUGGAAUCUACCCAUGAUUUCAUAUAAAUGUAGCGAUACGAAAGUUAGUGACAAAAGGGUUUUUUAUACCUUUGCGAGGACACUGCCUCCUUUAAGCAAAAUAUCUAAGAGUGUGGUUGCUUUACUGAUCGCAUUUAAAUGGCAACGAUUCGUUGUAGUGUCUGGCCAACAUCCGGCGUCAGGCAGUGAAGUCCCAGAAGCUAUCAAGGAACUCUCGGAAGCUCAUGGAUUGGUCGUUACCGACACCAAGCACUACUCGGAUUACAUACCAAGGCACAUCGACCAAAUGGACCUCAUCGUCGAGGAUACUUACAAGAGGACUAGAAUUUACGUGUUCGUGGGGGAACACAUUGCGUUAGUAGAUUUCGUCAAAUGUCUUCAGCGUCGAAAGCUGCUCGACUCUGGUGAUUACGUAGUUAUAUCCGUGGACGACGAGAUCUACGACCCGAAUCGUCGCAUUAAUAUCAUACAAAGAGAUUACUUGGAUCCGUUCCUGAAUGAAACCUGGGGAAACGUGAGCGACAUAAUGGGAUUCAGAUCCGUCUUGAAGCUCACCCCGUCGCAUCCACGCAAUCCCCAAUACAAGAAAAUCUGCGAUCAGAUCAAGAGUUCGUCGGCGAAGCCACCGUUCUGCGUUCCGUACCACCACAAAAUUUUUGACAGCAUAUCGGUACCUAUUCAGGCAGCAUACCUGUACGAUGCUGUUAUGAUUUAUGCGAGAGCCCUGACAGAGGUAUUCAAGAACAACGAGGAUCCACGCAACGGCACGGCCAUCCUGAAGAGGAUAGUCAACAGUUCGUACCAUUCCAUCCAGGGCCACGAUGUGUUCAUCGAUGCCAACGGCGACGCCGAGGGUAACUUCACGGUCGUCGCGCUUCUCGACGAUCAAGAGAUGAACGGCACUCUUCGCAUGAGCAUGCAACCUGUCGGAUACUUCCACUACAUUGCAAACGGAAGCAAUCUACCCUUGAGUUUGAGUUUACCAGAAUUUAAAUAUUUGGAUGAGACGAAACCGAUUCAGUGGGUUGGAGGCAGACUGCCGAGGGCAGAGCCGAAGUGCGGCUUCAAAGGAGAGAAAUGCAUCUACAGGAUGGACUGGAGACUUGUAGGUGCCAUCUGCUCUGUGACAAUCGUCGGCUUGGUAGGCGCGCUGUUUGCCCUUAAGCAUUACAGAUAUGAACAGAAGCUGGCUUGUCUAUUAUGGAAGAUCGACAUGCGCGAGGUAACGAUAAUACCCACUGAAACUACGGAGACGACGACCAGAAAUAAAAGCAUGAUACAAGUCUGCAGGCACAGCGUUUUCCAUGCUCCUACGGGCAGCAUCGCCGAGAUCUCGGACACGAAUCCGAAAAGGGCGUACACGAGGAUUGGUCUAUAUAGGGGCAACAUCGUGGCUAUCAAGCAACUCAGAAAAAGGUCGGUUGAUUUGACGAGAUCGAUCCGCAAAGAGCUCAAACAGAUAAGGGAAGUGAGGCACGAGAACAUCAUCCCGUUUAUCGGGGCCAGCGUCGAUCAUGGUCACGUCGCAAUCCUCACGGCAUACUGCGCUCGCGGCAGCCUCGAGGACGUCCUAGCCAACGAGGACCUCCACCUGGACAACAUGUUCGUGUCCUCGCUGGUCACAGACAUUCUGAAGGGUAUGAUUUAUCUGCACGACAGCGACAUCAUCUCUCAUGGAAACUUGCGUCCGAGCAAUUGCCUCAUCGACAGUCGCUGGGUGUUGCAGAUCACCGACUUCGGUCUCACCGAAUUCAAAGCCGGCGAGGAUGAUCCGGAAAUGGCGGAGAAAAAUCUUCGUCGGUCGCUGUGGAGGGCACCGGAGUUGCUGAGGGACCCGGCGCCUUCGCCACGAGGUACCCAGAAGGGCGACAUCUAUUCGUUCGCCGUCGUCCUGUACGAGAUCAUAGGCAGGGCCGGACCUUGGGGCGCCACGGAAAUGACCGCCGCAGAGAUUAUUGUCGCAGUCAAAGGUCAAGGCAUGGGUGUCCCCUCCUUCCGUCCAAAUCUGGACGCUCUUGGUGCAGCCGAUUACAUAACCAGGUGUAUAAAGGUCUGUUGGCACGAGGAGCCCGAACAGAGGCCGGACAUUCGAUAUGUUCGUAUGAUGUUGAAGGAAAUGCAAGCUGGACUGAAACCGAAUAUCUUUGACAACAUGCUGGCGAUAAUGGAGAAAUACGCUUACAAUUUGGAAGGUUUAGUACAGGAAAGGACAAACCAGUUGACGGAGGAGAAGAAGAAAACGGAUGCGCUUCUUCACAGGAUGCUUCCAAAAUCGGUAGCUGAAUCCUUGAAAAAAGGGGAAAGAGUCCAAGCGGAAACCUUCGACUGCGUUACGAUCUACUUCAGUGACAUCGUGGGGUUCACCGAGCUUUCAGCCGUCAGCACUCCACUGCAGGUGAUCAACCUGCUGAACGAUCUCUACACCUGCUUCGAUUCGAUCAUCUCUCAUUAUGAUGUUUAUAAGGUAGAAACAAUUGGGGAUGCGUAUAUGGUGGUCAGUGGGUUGCCGAUACGGAACGGUGAUCGGCAUGCGGGAGAAAUCGCAUCCAUGGCUCUACAUUUGCUCAGUAAAAUCAAGAAAUUCGAGAUCAAACACAGAUCAGGUGAAUUACUUCAUCUUCGGAUCGGAAUACAUUCCGGACACUGUGUGGCUGGUGUAGUUGGUCUGAAGAUGCCAAGGUACUGCCUCUUUGGGGAUACGGUGAAUACGGCUUCAAGGAUGGAGAGUUCAGGUGAGUCCUUGCGCAUCCACAUCUCUCACGCGACGUACCUUCUACUUCAACGUAUCGGAGGAUACCACUUCGAGGACAGGGGUUUGGUACAAAUCAAAGGCAAAGGCGAGAUGCAGACAUUCUGGUUGACCGGAGAGGAUCCCGUCCAAAGAUUAGCUAGGAUCAGGAAGGAAAUGCUUGGCUCCUCCAUGUUUAGCAGUGUCGGAUCAGAUCAUUUUAACGAAACGCCGGACCUACUGAGAAGGCCGGGCAACAACCUCUGCAACGAACCCUUAGUGCAGUCAUCGUGCCCUUUGCUGCAGCUCCACCAGAGGGCCAGACGGGCUUGCUCCACGCUCCACCUGCCGCAGGAUGAUUUCUACGGGAGCGACAACCGGAUGCGAAAGCAACUGUUGAAGUGUAUGAGACAACCCCACCGAGGCCCCAGUUCCGCGCCAUCUGUCUCAUUCCAGAUGGACAACGGAAACAUUUAGAAAAAAGACUGUCAGAGAGAAAUUAAUGUCAAUAUAU